AACCAUUGUUUCUGUUCUAGCGAGCAGUUUUGAAAGUAGGACCAGUGCGUCGUAAUGCAUUACGAUGCUUAGUGGAUUCCGAGUGGUAGAUUUGAUAUGGUUCUCAUUGGCAUUUGGCUUUUUACUGGCCCUUUGUCUCCAUAGAUUUUCACGUUAUGUACCCCAUGAAUUUGAGAGAUCUCAUAUAUUUCAGCUUUUCCAGGACCUAAUCCGAUACGGGAAAACCAAAGCACAAAUAAAGCGAUCGGACCUCCUACGAGCCUUCGAUGUUCCCAAGAGAUGGUUCUGGCAUUUCUACACUGUCUCUGUUAUAUGGAAUGGGUUCCUACUUACUUUACUCCUCCGAGCAAUUCUGUUGGAGGAGGGCCUUCCAAAGUGGUUGGUUGACACGCUUAGAUUUCUGAGUGGUGGGCAACCUAGCACAAGUACAGAUCGUCCAUUGUCUGUCUUGCUAGUUAACAUUUUGCUAUGGGUCCACUGCCUAAGACGCCUGCAGGAGUGCCUAUUUGUCAGUGUGUUCUCCGAUGGAGUCAUGCACAUAGUCCAGUAUGCAUUUGGGCUGAGCUACUACAUCUUUCUGGGCCUGACUGUGUUUUGCGUGGACAUUUCAUCCCCAGGUGAAGGCUCAUCUCUGCUCAGCCAGCUGAGGUGGUACCAUGCGGCUGGAACAGGGCUCUUCCUAUGGGCCUCGUGGCUUCAGCACCACAGCCUGGCUCUGUUGGCCAGCUUGCGCACUAGAAACACCGGUGCCGUGGAGACUCUUGCCCACCACAUGCCGCACGGGUGCUGGUUUGACCUGGUCUCCUGCCCGCACUACUUUGCCGAGCUCCUCAUCUACGUGUCAAUGGCCCUCUGCUUGGGCGGUGCCUCAGUAACCUGGUGGCUUGUUGUGCUCUAUGUUCUCUUCAACCAAGCACUGGCUGCUCAGCUUUGUCAUGAGUUCUACCAGAGCAAGUUUGAGGAAUACCCGCCUCAGCGCAAAGCGUUCAUUCCAUUUGUACUUUAAUUGUAACCCUUAGUGUUUGGCUUGGAAUGGAUGUGAAUGCAACUUUGCUACUUGUUAAUAAAUGCAUAAACGUUGUUUUGGAUACCUUUUGAACAAUUUUAACAUUUGCAUACACUAGCGUUCAAAUGUUGAGGGGUCACUUAGAAAUCUCCUUGUUUACGAAAGAAAAGCAGAUGGAGGAUUCUUGGACAAUAGCAGAGUUUGAAGGACACAAUUAUUAUUAUUUCAUCAUUAUUUAUAACCUUGUCCAUUACUUCAUUUCCCAUUCAUUUUGCUAUAUUUCCUACUCAAUCUCAAUUAUUGUAUGUUUUCAUGCAAAUCAAGGACAUUUCUAAGUGAUCCCAAACUUUUGAAUGGCUGUGUACGUUUGUCGUGUAACACACUCAGGUCAAAUGGAAAAUAUAGGGAACUGAUAUUGUAGAUUAUUAAUUAGUGAUGUAAUAUGAAAGUUGGUAUACAACAGUGUUUAAUAGAACUUUGAUGAUGGACAAGGUGGGCGCUGAAAAUGUUGCAUGUCACAUGACAGAUGGUAGUAGAGGGCUCAGAUGUCAAUGUGUCCCUGUUCUGAAAUGAACCUGUAAUUUGUUUAACCUGCAAAACAUGAAAUUGACAAGUGAAAUGGUGCAUUGUGAAGAUCUCAAAAAUGGUAUUUUAGUAUGUCAUAAUUUCUUGCAAUAAACCUGCUUUUAAACCUGGUUUUCUUUGCAAUGCCUGAUCCCUGGAUAAAGCAGUAAAUUCAGUGAUCAGUUAAUCAAAAUCUCCAAAUAAAUAUAUCUGAUGUUCACUUCUUUGA